AAAAACAAACAAACAGCUACAGCUACAGCUACAGCUACAGCUACAGCUACAGUAGUAUCUUAACUUGUUUCCAAAGCCAGCACCAAAUGGGUCAAGGACCAUCAGGCAACCGGCAAGGUCUUCCCGGAGAGCGGAGACAAGACGGCGGUGAUAAAAAAGAUAAGAAAUUCGAGCCAGCGGCACCGCCAGCAAGAGUAGGCAGAAAGCAAAGGAAGCAAAAAGGACCAGAAGCAGCAGCGAGAUUACCAACAGUAACACCAUUAACAAAGUGCAAACUCAGGCUGUUAAAAUUAGAAAGAAUAAAAGAUUAUUUAUUGAUGGAAGAAGAGUUUGUUGCUAAUCAAGAAAGAUUAAAGCCACAAGAAGAGAAAGCAGAGGAAGAUAGGUCUAAAGUUGAUGAUUUGAGGGGCUCGCCAAUGAGUGUUGGCAAUUUGGAAGAAUUGAUUGACGAGAAUCAUGCUAUUGUUUCUUCAAGUGUGGGACCCGAGUAUUAUGUUGGGAUUUUGUCUUUUGUUGAUAAAGAUCAGCUGGAGCCUGGUUGUGCUAUUUUGAUGCAUAAUAAGGUCCUUUCUGUUGUUGGGCUUCUUCAGGAUGAAGUUGAUCCAAUGGUGUCUGUAAUGAAGGUGGAGAAGGCUCCAUUGGAAUCUUAUGCUGAUAUAGGUGGUUUAGAUGCGCAAAUACAGGAAAUUAAAGAAGCUGUUGAGCUCCCUCUUACUCAUCCUGAAUUGUAUGAAGAUAUUGGUAUUAAGCCUCCUAAGGGUGUCAUAUUAUAUGGAGAGCCUGGCACUGGAAAAACGUUGCUUGCAAAGGCGGUUGCAAAUUCAACAUCGGCAACUUUCUUACGUGUUGUUGGUAGUGAAUUAAUUCAAAAAUACUUGGGAGAUGGCCCAAAAUUAGUGAGGGAACUUUUCAGAGUUGCUGAUGAUCUCUCUCCAUCAAUUGUCUUCAUUGAUGAGAUUGAUGCAGUGGGUACAAAGAGGUACGAUGCCCACUCAGGUGGUGAACGUGAAAUUCAGAGAACUAUGUUGGAAUUACUGAACCAGUUGGAUGGUUUUGAUUCAAGAGGAGAUGUCAAAGUGAUUCUUGCAACUAACCGAAUUGAAAGCCUUGAUCCUGCUUUGCUUCGACCUGGUCGAAUAGAUAGGAAGAUCGAAUUCCCACUUCCUGAUAUCAAAACAAGGCGACGUAUUUUCCAGAUACACACAUCGAGAAUGACAUUGGCUGAUGAUGUCAACUUAGAAGAAUUUGUUAUGACUAAAGAUGAAUUCUCUGGAGCUGAUAUAAAAGCUAUCUGUACUGAAGCCGGUCUGCUUGCUUUACGAGAGCGACGCAUGAAGGUGACACAUGCUGACUUCAAGAAAGCUAAAGAAAAGGUCAUGUUCAAGAAGAAAGAAGGGGUACCAGAAGGACUUUAUAUGUGAAAAACUUCAUAUGUGAAAAAGAUUGAUCCUUUGUUACUCAAAAAGAUCACUUGGUUCUUUUUUUCCCUUUGCUUAUUAUUUGCGUUAGUUUCGGUUUGUAUCCUAAAAUCUAAUUUGUUUGUUGGAUUUGGAAGGUAGUUUUUGGUGAUAUAAUAUGAUUGUUCUUUAACAUGAAA